AUGGGGCCACUUGUGAUGGGGCCACUUGUGAUGGGGCCACUUGUGAUGGGGCCACUUGUGAUGGGGCCACUUGUGAUGGGGCCACUUGUGAUGGGGGCACUUGUGAUGGGGCCACUUGUGAUGGGGCCUCUUGUGAUGGGGCCACUUGUGAUGGGGCCACUUGUGAUGGGGCCACUUGUGAUGGGGCCACUUGCGAUGGGGGCACUUGUGAUGGGGGCAAUUGUGAUGGGGCCACUUGUGAUGGGGCCACUUGUGAUGGGGCCACUUGUGAUGGGGGCACUUGUGAUGGGGGCACUUGUGAUGGGGGCACUUGUGAUGGGGCCACUUGUGAUGCGGCCACUUGUGAUGGGGGCACUUGUGAUGGGGGCACUUGUGAUGGGGGCACUUGUGAUGGGGGCACUUGUGAUGGGGCCACUUGUGAUGGGGGCACUUGUGAUGGGGCCACUUGUGAUGGGGGCCUCUUGUGAUGGGGCCACUUGUGAUGGGGCCACUUGUGAUGGGGCCACUUGUGAUGGGGCCACUUGUGAUGGGGCCACUUGUGAUGGGGCCACUUGUGAUGGGGCCACUUGUGAUGGGGGCACUUGUGAUGGGGCCACUUGUGAUGGGGCCUCUUGUGAUGGGGCCACUUGUGAUGGGGCCACUUGUGAUGGGGCCACUUGUGAUGGGGCCACUUGCGAUGGGGGCACUUGUGAUGGGGGCAAUUGUGAUGGGGCCACUUGUGAUGGGGCCACUUGUGAUGGGGCCACUUGUGAUGGGGCCACUUGUGAUGGGGCCACUUGUGAUGGGGCCACUUGUGAUGGGGCCACUUGUGAUGGGGCCACUUGUGAUGGGGCCACUUGCGAUGGGGGCACUUGUGAUGGGGGCACUUGUGAUGGGGGCACUUGUGAUGGGGCCACUUGUGAUGGGGCCACUUGUGAUGCGGCCACUUGUGAUGGGGCCACUUGUGAUGGGGGCACUUGUGAUGGGGGCACUUGUGAUGGGGGCACUUGUGAUGGGGCCACUUGUGAUGCGGCCACUUGUGAUGGGGGCACUUGUGAUGGGGGCACUUGUGAUGGGGGCACUUGUGAUGGGGGCACUUGUGAUGGGGCCACUUGUGAUGGGGGCACUUGUGAUGGGGCCACUUGUGAUGGGGGCCUCUUCCACUUGUGA